AUGUUCAUACUUCUACCUCUGGAGGAGGCAGAAGCAUCCGUAGCGCAGUCGGUAAGAGGUUCAAGCGUGAAUGCACGAUCAAUGGUUCGAAAUCGCCCUAGUGCCAACCAAGCCACUCAUCCUUCCGAGGUUGAUAAAUUGGUGCCAGACUUUUCUGGGAGACUAAAAACACCGACUAGACGCAUCGGUGAGCCCUCGCAAAUCCCUGUAACGCUGUUCGGAUGUUCAUGA